AUGAAUCGUCACAAGAAGUUUUACUCUACGCUUGGGGAUAAGUUGCAUGACGACUAUUACGACGAUGACGACGACUAUUAUGACGAGGGAGAGGAGGAUGACUACGGGGAGGAAGAGCUGCAAUAUGUGGUGCGGACGGGCGCCAUCCCGGCAAAACCCGUGAAAACGUCCUCCACGGCGGGUUUCACUGCUCCGCAAGAGGAGUUAUUGAACAACGAGGAGCUGCCAUUGGGCGAAGAACAGGGUCGGUGCUCUGAGGAUUUGGAUUACCCGCUGAUCACCAUGCUUCUUGCGGAGUUCCGGAAGAAGUGGGAGAGUUGUGUCACGGCUCAGGAGCUUAAAGUGGAGCCCAAGUUGUGUGAUAUCAUCGAAGCCAUUCGUGAUCAUAACUAUGACGUGGAUGAGGCCGUCACAUUUACACUGCGAAGGGUGACGGUGAAAAGUCUGGAUGCGGGGACACAAAAAUCGACCAACACGCCCUCGUCAUUGCAAUGUUCAGCGAAUGCCUGUGCUCCUGCUCCGACACCUACGUUGGCAACGGCGGUUGAGCCCAAACCCGGUGGUCGCACCCUAAAACUUGGGAAAGGCGGUAAAAACACGGAGAUACCACCGGCGAACAAAUCCAAUAUGGUUAAAGAGACAAUAACAAAAAGUGCAAGUGGUGCACGCAAUACCCGUAAUAUUUCAGAAUUGAAAAAGAAUGCGGUACAGGAGAUCAUGCCGGACCCAAACAAAAGAGAUUGUACGUUUGUCAUUGCAGGUCAUGUAGAUGCGGGGAAAAGUACGACUUUGGGACAUCUACUUUUGUUGCUGGGUAAGGUCUCGCAGUCUGAGAUUGAGAAGAAUGAGAAGAAUGCGCGUCAGCUGAAUAGCGGCUCGUUUAAAUAUGCAUGGGUGCUGGAUCAAUCCGAGGAAGAACGCCGACGUGGUGUGACGAUUGAUGCUGGUUCCUAUUGUUUUGAAACUGAACAUCGUCGUAUUAAUAUUUUGGAUGCCCCUGGCCACAAGGAUUACGUUCUAAAUAUGAUUAGUAGUGCGACACAAGCAGAUGCAGCCCUUCUUGUUGUAACGGCUGCCACCUCCGAAUUUGAGGUUGGUCUUGCUCAUGGGACGAAGGAGCAUCUUUUUAUUUUAAAGACAUUAAGUGUUGGUCGAUUGAUUGUUGCCGUUAAUAAGAUGGAUACGGUGGACUAUAGUAAAGAACGAUAUGACUAUGUCGUACGGGAGUUGAAAUUUCUAUUGAAACAAAUACGCUACAAGGAGGAGGCGGUUGUUGGUUUUUGUCCAGUGAGUGGUAUGCAGGGGACGAACAUUCUUCAUGUGAAUCGCGAGGCGACUCCGUGGUAUGAAGGGCCAUCCUUGGUUCAGUUAUUUGACCAAUGCCCUCUGGAAAGCAGAUUGUUAGAUGCUCCAUUACGACUGAGUUUACAGGACAUGCAGGGAUCAAGACUUUUUUGCAAAGUGGAGAGUGGACGCCUUUUAAAGGCGUCUAAAUUUGUAUUUUUGCCGUCUGACGUUCAAGUUCAUGUCAAAACGAUAUUGAAGCCAACAUUGGAUGAAUUUGUAAGUGCUGCUUUUGCGGGUGAUCUGGUGGUGAUUGACACGGACUCCUCACUUGUAGGGUUGUCCCCUGGCUGUGUUGGCUGCAGCCUCAUUGACCCCAUUCAAUGCUCCACAGACUUUGAGGCCCGUGUGCAGACGUUUGCCACGCUGCAGAGUUCCAUUCUUCCUGGCACAACCUUCACGAUGGUCGUUCACGCCCUCACAGUGCCUGUGAAGGUGGUGGCGCUGGUGUCGAAGAUGAACCGUCAAGGGACGUGGUCGACAGGCAUGGUGAAGUGCAUCCCAAAAGUUACACAGGCGAUCAUUGUUUUUCGUUCGGCUUACAAAAUUGCAUUAGAGCCCGCCGAAGUCUGUCGCGCGCUUGGACGUUUUGUUCUGCAACAGGAUGGCAACACGGUAGCAGGUGGUCUUGUGGAGAAGAUGAUGUUGUGA